AUGACAGCCGAGGUAUGCAAUCGGAAUAGUUUUGACAUGGCAGGCGCCGCUGCAGCCAUCGCCAGUAGCAGCAGCUCAGGUCCAAAGCGUCUGCAGCAGCGGAUUGCAGAGGAGUUGCGCAUCUCUUACCUGACGCCUAGCGGGGGUGCCAAUGAGGGAAACAACGGGAAUCAUGGCAGCGGCUCGAAGCCAGAAGAGGAUGCAGACGACGCACAAAUCCUCGCAGAAUACAUCUUGCACCUCCUCCUUAGGGAGAAAGCUCCUACAGCGCGUCUCUUAGAAGAGCUAAAGGAGUUUCUGGGGCAGCCGGCGGAUGAAUUUACGCGGUGGCUGCAGCGGGAGCUGCAGCAGCAGAGUGCGGCGUGUGGCAGCGGCAGCAGCAGCGGGCGACGUCGCAGCAGCAGCAGGUCGAAGCAUGUCAGCAGCAGCAGCAGCAAGCACGUCAGCAGCAGCAGCACUGCGCGGCAUGCCAGCACUGGUGAGGGGUCCUCGCGAGGGGUUAGCGGUGGCAGCAGCAGCAGCAAGCAGGGGGGCAGCAGCAGACACGGGGGGGGGGGAAGCAGCAGCAGCAGCAGCAGUCACAGGUACAGCAGCAGCAGUGCAGCUCACGAGUCUUCUCGCGUGGAGGGACGAGGUUCUCGAUCUGACACAAUAUCUCGCCGUCUCAUCCUCAUGCGCGCUGCUGAGCAGGCUGCCAUGAGCAGCCGCAACAGCGCAGGAAGUCGCAGCGGAAGAACGAGGCGCUCUCCAGCACACAAUCGCCGCAGCCGCAGUCGAAGCCGCAGCAGCAGCAGCAGCAGCAAGACGCCUCCCUUCUCCCGUUCGAUCUACCUUAUGAACACUGCCAACAACAAGACGAAUCACACCCCUUCCCCUCCCCCGGGCGCUGCGUGGGGUGGAGGGGCCGCUGUCCAUGCGCAAACGCAGCAGCAGCAGCAGCAACAGCAAAUAAUUCCGCAGACACCCGGCAGCACGGCCGCUACAGACGCAUUUCGGGUGCAUGCUGCACAGCCCCCACCGUUCGACAUGCAGCCGAAGAACCAACAGCAAGGGCUGCUGCUCCACCAGCAGCAGCAGCAGCAGCAGCAAAUGCCACUUGCGCCAGUCGCAGCUACUGCGCCAGCCGAUCUCGCCGUCCCCGAAACAGCGAUUCAACGAGGCCCAAAGGCAAUUCUCAAACCUAACCCUCGCUUUGUAGAGUCUUUCCUCUCGGGAGUCGAUCAGGCACCCCGCGGAGAGGCGCCUUUCCCGUUACAUGCAGCGUCUGCUGCUGCAGCCCUUUCUGUGCCUCCUGGCAUGCAGCAGCAGCAGCAGCUCCCGCACCAACGCGUAUCCUUACAGCAGCAGCAGCAGCAGCACCAACACGGACCACAUCUGGCCGGCACAAUCACUGCACAGCCCAAGGUGCGACGCCGCUGUCUUCGGUGGCCUGACUGCCCUUUUGGAGCAAACUGCAGCUUCAUCCAUCCCACGAUCCGCUGCGCGAGUUUCCCACGCUGCCCCUUUGGCUCCUCUUGCUUCUACUUGCACCCUCCGGUUAAGUGCCGUUUCGGGGCGAGUUGUCAGAAUCCAAGCUGCAAUUUCUUGCAUCCGGAGAAACCCGAGUGGAUGGGAGAGCUUGGGGACGACGGCCUUUUCAGGAACAAAGUGUGGACCAAGGAUAGCCAGGCUGCCGCGUCAACAGCUGCCGCUGGAGCCAGCGCAGUCUCUGAGCAGCAAAAUGCUGCAGUUGCGGCGCUGAGCUUUACGCUGCCUUCGACGCCGCCCUCUCUCAAGAGGGGGCAGCCAGCCCCCCAGCAACAAGACUUCUCUUCAUUGGCUCUGCCACCAGCAGCAGAUGUAUCACCUGCUGCCCCUGCUACUGCGGCCACUGACUCCGCGGUGCCUCUGGCAACAGGAGAGGGCGGAGACGUUGAAAUGGAUGGGGAUGCUCCCGAUGCAGCUCCUAUGGCAGAGGAUGUCGCUCCAUCGGCCUAA